AAGGCAAAAAACGUUCAGAGACUUGCAAUUGUUUUCCACUCUCAGAUGAAGAAAAUGUCACUUCUGAUUUAAUGGACACUACUUUGAACCAAAGAAGGCCUGCGGGAUGGAGAGCUAUUCCUUUCGUAUUGGGAAAUGAAACGUUCGAGAGAUUAGCAUCGUACGGAUUGAUGGCGAAUUUCAUGGUGUACCUGCAAAGGGAGUAUCACAUGAACCAGGUUGAGGCCGCUACCAUCCUUAACGGUUGGUCGGCCGCCUCGAAUUUUGCUCCGGUUAUUGGUGCUUAUGUCUCCGAUGCAUUCAUGGGCAAAUUCUGGACCAUUGUUUUAGGAUCCUUUUCAUCACUCCUGGGAAUGAUGAUCAUGACGUUAACAGCUUUAUUACCACCACUGCGCCCACCGCCGUGUACGGAUGAGGACCUACAACAAGGCCAAUGCAUACCCUACAAUGGAGCCCAACUGGGGGUUUUGAUGGUCAGCUUAUGCUGGUUAUCUAUCGGCACCGGCGGAAUCAAACCCUGCAGUAUUCCUUUCAGCGUCGACCAAUUCGAUUUAACAACCGAAGAAGGCCGGAAAGGAAACAACAGUUUCUACAAUUUAUACUACACUACUCAAACUAUCGUCUUAUUGAUUACCCAAACUGUUGUGGUUUAUAUCCAGAAUGAUAUUAGUUGGGCAUUAGGGUUUGGGAUCCCAACGCUUUGCAUGAUCUUUGCCAUUGUUUUGUUCUUCGUUGGAACCAGAAUUUACGUAUACAUAAAGCCUAAAGGAAGCGUGGUCGCCAGUGUCGCACAAGUGUUCGUCGCUGCUUACAAGAAACGCCGCUUUUAUAUUCCGGUUGAUGGAGUCGAUGGCCAAUUCUAUGAUCCUCCAUUGACGACAAGCUUGCUUUGCGUUAGAGAACUCCAUCUUACCACACAGUACAGGUUCUUAAACAAAGCGGCUCUAGUGAUCGAUGAUGAAGUGAACCCAGAUGGUUCUUGUAAGAAUCCAUGGAUGCUCUGCACUAUCCAACAAGUUGAAGAUGUUAAAUGCCUUUUAAACAUCAUCCCAAUAUGGGUAACCAGCAUCCUCGGCUUCCUCGCCAUGAAUCAACAAGGAACAUUCACAGUCUCCCAAGCCCUAAAAAUGGAUCUUCAAUUCGGUUCCACGAUUAAAAUUCCCGCCGGUUCUGUUGGUGUCAUUACACUCAUCGCCAUCGCCGUUUGGCUCCCCUUUUACGACCGAGUCCUGGUCCCGGCCCUAGAAAAAAUCACCAAGCUUGAAGGUGGGAUCACAGUCCUCCAACGAAUUGGAGUCGGAAACCUUUUCUCGAUCCUAACGAUGUUGGUUUCGGGAUUCAUCGAAACAAAGAGAAGAAAUUCAGCCCUUUCCCAUGGUGGCCCCGACGGAGUAGCUCCAAUGUCAGUGAUGUGGUUAACACCACAGCUUAUCCUUAUCGGCUUUGCAGAGAUCUUCAGCAUCGUUGGACUCAUCGAGUUUUACAACAAACAGUUCCCGGAGCAUAUGAGAAGCAUCGGGAACUCGCUGAUCUAUUUGACGUUUUCAUUGGCGAGUUACGCAAGCAACUGGAUAAUCACCAUUGUUAACGAUGUUACAGGAAGGAGUGGAAGCAGCUGGUUGAGUGGAGACAUAAACACAAGCAAAUUAGACAAAUUCUAUUUCUUGAUAGCUGGGAUUUCUUUGCUCGACUUCGUCGUCUUCAUGUUCUGCGCUCGAAGGUAUCAUUACAGGGGCAGUGUUAGGAUAAACUGAAUGAUGAAAUUUGGCCUGGAAACUUGGUUAUUAUUAUAUAUGUUGAGUAAAAUUCUGUAUAGAGAGCACAUGUUUUAAAAUAAGAAUGGGAAAUUAGCUUGAAUUUGUAAUAAAGGAUGUUCAAGUUUGAUCUUAUUGUUGAAUGAAUCUUUCGGGAUGCAUCAGUGAUUGGGGAUGAAGUUGAAUUAUGUAAUUUCAUAUAAGGUUUAUUUGUUUGUAAGGAUUUUAAUUAGGUAUACCAAUUAUAAAUAUAUAAUCCAAUGCGACAACAUUUAGAAUUA